AAAAGUUUACUAAAAAAAUACAGUUGACAUAUAUUCCGUUGCGCCAGCAUUUUGGAAGCUAACUGUUAUAUAUGGCUCACUUAACAAUGGCCUUCCACCACAACGUUUCAAACAAUAGCAAUUAUAAUUAAUCAAUAAUAUAUUAUAUAUAUAUAUAUAUAGACUGAUGAAUUAAUUAACCAGUAAAAAAUAAGAUCACCAGAUCAAUUAUGGCUUCUAAAGUAAAGACAAUCAAACUUGGGUCGCAAGGCCUUGAGGUCUCCGCUCAGGGCCUAGGCUGUAUGGGCAUGUCCGCCUUCUACGGCCCACCAAAGCCUGAACCAGAGAUGAUCAAUCUCAUCCACCAUGCCAUUAAUUCCGGCGUCACCUUUCUUGACACCUCUGACAUUUACGGGCCAUUCAUUAAUGAAAUCCUUAUCGGAAAGGCGCUUAAAGGGGAAAUUAGAGAGAAGGUUCAGUUGGCUACAAAAUUUGGAGUGAAAUUGUCGGAGGAUUUGAAGAUGGAGAUUCAUGGGGAGCCGGCUUAUGUGAGAGCUGCGUGUGAAGCUAGCCUGAAGCGACUGGGUGUGGAUUGUAUCGAUCUCUAUUACCAGCAUCGUAUAGAUACUACUGUCCCAAUUGAAGUCACGGUUGGGGAGUUGAAGAAAUUAGUUGAAGAGGGUAAGGUGAAGUACAUUGGUUUGUCAGAGGCCUCAGCUUCAACCAUAAGAAGAGCUCAUGCAGUUCAUCCAAUUUCAGCCAUCCAGCUGGAGUGGUCCUUGUGGAAUAGAGAUGUUGAGGAUGAAAUUAUUCCUGUCUGUAGGGAACUAGGCAUUGGUAUUGUUGCAUACAGUCCGCUAGGCAUGGGAUUCUUAUCAUCUGGCUCUAAACUUCUAGAUACUUUAUCCAAUGAUGACAUUCGGAAGACCCAUCUUCCAAAAUUACAACCCGAAAACAUUUUACAUAAUCAAAAGAUAUUUGAUCGAGUGAAUGAAAUUGCGACAAGAAAAGGAUGCAGUCCAUCAAAGUUAGCAUUGGCAUGGGUCCACCACCAAGGAAAUGAUGUGAGUCCCAUCCCAGGAACCACAAAGAUAGAAAAUUUCAAUCAAAAUAUUGAAGCCCUGUCACUGAAACUUACACCAGAAGAAUUGGUUGAGCUUGAUUCAAUUGCUUCCGCACAUGCUGUCAAAGGUGAUACAUAUGAUAAGUCUGCAAGUACUUGGAGGAACUCUGAAACUCCACCAUUAUCAUCAUGGAAGUUGGAGUGAAUAUACAUGCAUGCAAUGCACAUGCCUAAUAUAAUAACAAGCUAGCUAUAGCUACUGCUAUUUCCCUCGUGUACCUUGCCAUUAUUUUUCAACCUUUACCAUAUAUAUGCAUGUUGAACUAGUGUUCUUGAUUGGUAUGCAAGUAGUUUUUAGUUAUUAUUCACACUAAUUAAAGCUUUUAAGGUGUGUUCGGCAUACAGUAUAAGAGGGUUGUAUUGUACUAAAUAUGUAAAUACCAUUUUCUUUUUCUA